UUCUACUGUAACAAAAACGUGAACCAAAAAAUUUAAUGGUAAAUAUCUAAAGAAAUAUGAAUUUACCAAGUCCGAUAUUUUCCACAAAAACAAAUGAAAAAACUGUUGACACAAAGCAAAAUGAGGAAAAUUCUUGCACUAAAGCAACAAAAGUAGAAAAUAUUCACUUCAUAGCUUAUUGCAAGUUUUGCAAGGAAGGAUUUAAGAGUCAUAUUGAUCUAUCUCAACAUCGCCAAGCACAUCAAAGAUGUCCUUAUGAACAAUGCAAAUUCAAUGCUUCUGAAAAAGUCGUCGCUGAGCAUAUUCAAAAAGUUCAUAUUAAGAGAAAUGUGCUGACGAAAAUUCAAGACCUCACUACACCUGAACAAAUUGAAAAGUGGCGUGAGGAGCGUCGUAAAAGAUAUCCGACAAUUGCCAAUGUUCAGUUACGACAACAAGCACGUGAAUUUCGUUCAAAAAGAGGAGAAAGAUUAGUAAAUCCUCAGUCAAGAUUUGGUGAUCAGAAGAGAAAAGAAUUUAGGAGUCAUCAUAACAAAAAUCAUUCAAACCACAGAAAAGACGAAGGAGAACAAAUGACAAAUUCUCAGAGGUUCAACAAAUUCAAUCGCGAGCAAAAUAAUAAAGAUUCUGUUCAACCCAGGAAAUGUGAAAUAAAAUUAGAAGAAUUAGUAAAACAUAAAGCAGAGAAAUUCCAAUCGACUAAGCACAAUUUGCAAGCAGCUGUUGAUAUGGACGAUGAUUCAGAUUGUGAAGAAAUUACGAAGAUUCCCUUCAAAGGAACUUUACAAAUGAAGAAUUAUCAUAAGAUGGAAACUAUUGUGAAGACUAUCACCGCUUUGUCUGUAUUAGGAGUUUAUGAUUCUGAAUAUGAAAGUUCUUCUGAAUCUGAAAUCAAUGAGAAUUCAACGAUCCCAAAACCGUCUGGCUCAAUAGAAAGUGAAGAAAAUCAACAGCAGUUAUCAACAGAAUAUGCCCCAAUAGAAAGUGAAGAAAUUCAACAGCAGUUAUCAACACAAUCUGCUCCAAAAGCAAGUGAAGAAAAUCAACAACAGGUACCACCACAUUCUGCCCCAAUACAAGGUGAAGAAAACCAACAGCAGUUACCUGACUGUCAAGAAGACGACUGCGAAAAUGAUCCUGAGGAUAUUCCACAAACACUUCCAAUAGAACGUGAUGACAAAGCAAAAACAAUAGUUCAGGACAAAGAUCGUCGAUUUGAGAAACGAAGUCAUGACCAUUCUGUCGCCAAUGAUCGUAUCAAAAAGCCUCGAACUCUUCUGGAUUAUGCAAAGCUCAGGAAAUCUUCUGCUAACUCUUUUCUUGAGAAACUGCUACAAGAUGAUAUAAGGCACGAAAGGAAUGUUUUAUUACAAUGCGUUAAUUACGUGGUUAAAAAUGAUUUUUUUGGAGUAGGAAGAAAUAACACGAGAAAAGAUUAA